CGCCGUUUGAAACCAAUCUAAAACCCUAACGUCCUAAGCAACCCGCUCACGCUCUUCCCCUUUUAAUCCCCUCGCGCCGCCCCCAUACGAAACCCUAGUCUUAUCUACCGGCGGGGGAGUGCGAACGAGCUCGGCAGCACAAACCUAACCCUAGCUCAUCGUCGUCGGAGAGAUCGGAGAUGGGGCGCGUCAGGACGAAGACCGUGAAGAAAUCCUCUCGCCAGGUGAUCGAGAGGUACUACUCGCGGAUGACCCUGGACUUCCACACCAACAAGAAGAUUCUUGAGGAGGUGGCGAUCAUCCCCUCGAAGCGGCUCCGGAACAAGAUCGCCGGGUUUUCAACCCACCUGAUGCGCCGGAUCCAGCGUGGACCCGUGCGCGGCAUCUCCCUCAAGCUCCAGGAGGAGGAGCGCGAGCGCCGCAUGGACUUCGUCCCCGACGAGUCCGCUAUCAAGGUCGAUCACAUCGAGGUGGACAAGGAGACCAUGGAGAUGCUCACCUCUCUCGGCAUGGCCGACCUCCCCGGCGUCGAGAAGCAAGCCGAUGCCCCCGCCGUCCCCAUUUACUCCGGCCGCCCCGGCGGCUACGGUGGCCGGAGGCUCUAAAUUUCCGAGUUUUAAUAGUAGAUUUAGGUGGAGAGGGUAGGAGGGACGGAGGUCUUGGUAAAAGUCUCUCUUUUUCUCUUUUCCUUCAGCAUAUCUUCGAAAGUUCCGAACUUGGUAUUGAUAUUUCCUUUAUCGGUUUUGCUUUAAGUUUUCUCUGGAAUUGAAUGAUGGACAGAUAACAGUUUGAUGACUGUUUUGAUUAAUUUGGAUUUGCUGUUAUUGGCAGUUGUUGAGACUCCGUCUAAUUCUUCGAG